AUGAUCGAUUCAGCCCCCGAGGAGUUUGCCGAUACAUUAAUCAGCUUCCUACCGCCUGCUGUCAUCGUUCUUGCAAGUGGCUCUGCCAGUGCUGUUGAUGGCAAAUCAGACCCACCAGCUGCGACUGUGGAAGCUGCCAAGGCAUCUCUCUCACUCGACGACAAGCGAACGCUGUUGAAGAAGGUGUUGCGAAGCCCUCAGUUCAACCAGGCUCUGGCAAGCCUCACCAUGGCUAUUCGUGAUGGUGGUUUGCCUAGCAUUGCCGAUGCUCUUAGUGUCAAGGUGCAGGAUGGCGGAUAUCUACGGGGUAGUGGCAUGCCCUUGGGUGGCGGUCAGGCUGUCGAGGCAUUCGUGAAUGGAGUGAAGAAGACUGUCGAGGAGGAGAAGAAAUGA